CGUACCGGGUCCCCUUCAGUGGUGCCAGAGGCGCAGCUCGGUGUGGAAAGUUGAGCCUCUCCGGCAGCGUCGUGCAGAUAUUUGCUGUCACUCUCCUUUCCGCUCCAACAUGCCUCUCCUUGUGCAGACAUGGGAUUUAGCGGCUCUGAGUGGAAACUAACCGGCUCUGUUGCGCCUUCCGUCCGCGUUUUGCUCUCCAACAGCCGGGGGAACCCUGCAGCGCAAAUCUGAGCCCUCUCAUCAACAGCCAAACACUACUUCUCUGCAAUUUGUUUGUUUCCUUCCGAUUUUCAUUUAUGGACUACAAAAGCUUCGAGUGAGAGCGUUUGCAAUUUCCGUUCGCACAGCUGAAGAUGGAGACGGUGAUGGAGAGGGAGUGCAGCGCACUGGGGGGGCUUUUCCAGACUGUCAUUGGAGACAUGAAGGGCAGUUACCCCGUCUGGGACGACUUCAUCAAUAAAGCCAGCAAACUACAGUCACAACUUAGGACAACGGUUGUCGCGGUAGCAGCCUUCCUGGACGCCUUUCAGAAGGUGGCUGAUCUGGCAACCAACAGCCGAGGUGGAACCAGGGACAUCGGUUCAGCCCUCACCAGGAUGUGCAUGAGACAUCGCAGUAUUGAAGCCAAACUCCGUCAGUUUUCCAUGGUGUUUCUGGACUGUCUGAUCAACCCUCUACAGGAGCAGAUGGAGGAGUGGAAGAGAGUGGCCAACACUCUGGACAAAGACCAUGCCAAAGAGUAUAAGAAAGCCCGUCAGGAGAUCAAAAAGAGAUCAUCAGAUACUCUGAAGCUGCAGAAAAAAGCCAAGAAAGCUGAUGUUUUUGGCCGUGGAGAUCUGCAGCCUCAGCUGGACAGCGCCAUGCAGGACGUCAGCGAUAAGUACCUGCUGCUGGAGGAGACGGAGAAGCAGGCGGUGAGGAAGGCGCUGGUGGAGGAGAGGAGUCGUUUCUGCUGCUUCGUGUCCAUGCUGCGGCCUGUUGUGGACGAGGAGAUGUCCAUGCUGGGAGAGAUAACUCACCUACAGACUCUGACAGAUGACUUGAAGGCUCUGACCAUGGACCCACACAAGCUGCCCGCCUCCAGCGAGCAGGUUAUUGUAGACCUGAAGGGCUCAGAGUGCACCUGGUCAUACCAGACUCCGCCCUCGUCACCCAGCACUACAGUAUCCAGGAAGUCCAGCAUGUGCAGCAGUCUGAACAGUGUGAACAGCAGCGACUCUCGCUCCAGCGGAUCACACUGCCACUCCCCCUCCCAUUUCCGUUACCGGGCCUCCUCCUCGUCCUCUUCAGUGCUGCCCCAGCAGACACCUGCUCGCCUUUCGUCAGUCUCCUCCCAUGAUUCUGGCUUCAUUUCACAGGACGCCUUCCAGUCCAAAUCCCCCUCACCAAUGCCCCCGGAAAACUUGCAGUUGUCAAACGGCUUUGACCAUCACGGUGCCCUCUUUCUGCACGGAGUAGUGCUUCAAGCCCAGGACACCCACCUCCACCCUUCAUACUUCACCUACUCAUCUUCCUCCACCGCCACCUCUCCCAUCUCCUCGCCCUCCUAUUCGUCCGUUUCCCCCACAUGGCCGUGGUCUCGGUCAGACUUUGGCCAAUCAGGAGAGUUCCCGCUUCUCAGCCCUUCGGGGCUCGGAAUGAUCCCAUCAUCCAGAGUCCCAUCCUGGAAGGACUGGGCUAAACCCGGCCCGUAUGACCAGCCCAUAAUCAACACACUGAGGAGGAGCAAGGACAAGAAAGAGAUUACCGAUCCCAGCAGCCACCAGGGCACUGGUGGCACCACACCAGAGGAGGACCUACAGGGGGUCAAAGGACACACCUCUAUGAUAUCUCCUAAGGUGGACAAGGAAACCCAUGAGGAGCUGGCCAGAGCACUGGCCAGAGGUCUCAAGCUGGACAUCCAUGGCUCCUGCAGGGACUCGCUGCAGGGCUCCAGCGGCUACAGCAGCCAGACUAACACACCCUGCUGCUCAGAGGAUACCAUCUCCUCACAAGUGUCAGACUGCGACUACUACUCCGUGGGUGCAGAUCAGGAGGGAGAGCACCAGCAGCAGGCAGACUUUGAUAAGUCCUCCACCAUCCAGAGGAACAGUGACAGUCAGUCCUAUCGCCGCAUGUUUCAGUCUAAACGUCCCACUUCCACUACUGGCCUGCCCUCUAACGCCAUCAUCACCCCGGGCGUUGCUACUAUUCGACGAACACCAUCCUCCAAACCAAAUUUAAGGCGACCCUCUGGGGGUCUCAGCUUAGGCCCCAUCCCCAUCAAACCCCCCAUGAUCCCAGUCAAGACCCCCACUGUGCCUGACUAUCCUGGCUUCCCCAGCAGAGCAGAUGAUGGUAACGUACUACGGACCCCUCUUAGCCCCUCAACAUCCCCUUUGUCUCCUGGCAGCAGUGGGCCUUUUUCCCCAAAGUCUGUCGCCUGGGAGACCCAGCAUCUAGAUGAAGGGUCCGAUCCUCCGACACCGCCUCCACAGCCGAGCGGUCGGAUGUCAGAAUGGGAGCGUCGACCUCUCCCUGAGCUUCUGGAGGAGACAGAAUAUAGCGAGGUAGAGGACUUUCUGGUGGCUAUUCGUCGAGGCGUCAAGCUCAAGAAGACGAUGACCAAUGACCGAUCAGCACCGAUCGUUCACUGAUACCACCAGGGUUGGUUUGACUUCACCCACUUCUUUUUUUGUCCCACUUCUUUUUUUGUCCCCAACUGAAUAUUUAGCUGAAAGGACACAAAAUGGUUACUGCUGAGAAAAGAAAUGUGGACAGGAGUUACGGCUUUGAAGAGUGCCAAAAUAGGUGGAAGUUGCCCAGAGACUAAUCCAGGAUCAGUUUGUGACCUUUUGAUUAUCAUUUAAUGAUAAAGCAUUUCAUUUAGGUGCAAAUAAAGUUGGCUUUGGAUGUUACAUAUCACAUGUACACAAUCUGGAAAUCUAAACUAAUAUAAAGGCAAAAGAAAAAAAUCCUGUAUGAGCUUACUACAGGGAGCACUGACCCAAGUUCAUUUCUUCUGGGAAACUUCCGUUUGUAAAAGAAAGGGAAAGAUAUUAUUGACUAAGUGGGCUCAGUGGGGGUGGAGGUCAGACUAGUAGAAACGAAGGCUUUAAUAGAAUUGACUAUAGAUUACAGUUAAGUGGAAGGAGUGAGUAAGAUCAAAUCAUUUUUUAUUUUUUGUUCAUGUUUGUAGAUUUGCCAUACACUCAAUUUACAUCCACAUAGUCUCCCAUUUUCACUUAAUGUGUCAUAAAUCAUGUGCAGGAUGUAACAUGUUAAUCCAACUACAAUUAUUUCUUCUUUUAAUGUAAUAAAUGUUUUUGAGAGAAAAUAUUUAUAUAUGUAGAGCAGCAUAUAGGAGAGAAUAAUCAUGUUUUUUUUGUUUUUUGUAUUCAGAAAAUAGAUAGAACUGCAUGUUUUUAGUUUUCCCCUGUAUAAACAAUCAUUUUAGUCUUUUAAAUGAAAUCCACAAGCAAAUAAAGCCUGCAAUACCCAGCUGGUGGUUGUUGAGCUGUACAAUCAUGUCAACGAUUCUGUAAACUGGAAAUUUAAAGAUAUUGUUAGGAUUUUUUUAAUAUAUAUAUAAAAUUUAGGUUUGAUUAUGGGAUUUUUUUAGCAUUAAUUUCUGUCAAGCACUUUGAAAAAACCCAAUUGUGACUAUUAAGUAUAAUUUUAGAGCAAAGUUUAAAAAGAAGCAACUGUGCAGUAUGUGUUAGCAUACAGUUUAAGCCCAUAGCACUAGAUGAGGCUGUUACUACAGUUACCGUGUUACUACCAUCUGUAGUAAAUGGAGUUGUGGAUUAGUGUGUCGGUGUGUUGUAGUCAAGCCUGUGUGCUGAUUUAGCUGACACUGAAGUAAACAGUUGUGAACUUUAUUUUAGUCAAGCUACCACUGAGUCAGUGCUUAGUUUUGGAACAGUCUGCUACAGUAACCAGAGUUUAAACACAAAAUGUAAGUUUGGAUCAAAGUAUCUGGUCCAUGUAAUAUAAUCUGGUUAUACGGAACAUAGUUGUAAAUUUUUUCUAAUGACAUUCAAUCAAAAUACACUCAACAAUAUUUAUUUUUAUCUGCAAUCUGUUUAGUUAAAAUCAGUAUUAAUAGCUGAAUGGUGCCCUGAGUAACUCACUUGCUGAAUGGACAUGCAAAUCACUCAGUUAAAUGAUAGAUUAUUCACUACAAUAUAAGAGUUCUUUGAGAAUUUAAAGAAUUGAAAGAUUUAGUCAAGGGCCAUUUGUUGGUCGCAACAUGUCAAGAGAACUGGAGAAUUAUAUUUAAAAAAUGACUGACAAGUCCAAGUUAAAAUAAGCUCCAAUAAUAAGCUCUAAUAACUUAUCCAAGUCACUCUCAAUCACAACUGGGAUUAAAAUACAGAAGCCACAAAAGUACAAUAACGUGCAGAGGAAAAGAAGUGUAAAGAAUCUGAUGUGGAGUUUAU